AUGACGGUCGAAGUUUCGCAUGGGCGCGGCGGCGCGGGUAACAUUAACCCAGACGACACGAAGUACGUCGACGGUGAAGUGGUGCGCGAAGGCGUCAUUGGUAGCCACAACGACGGAGUCUACAGCGCCGGUCGCGGAGGCGCUGGCAACAUUGCCGAUAGGGGCCAUCCGGCGACGGAGCGCAAGGAUCGCGACUUGAUCCCCGAGGCGGCGAUUCGACAUAGCACCGACACGAGCGACUACCACACGGGACGGGGCGGCGCCGGCAACGAGCAUCACACGGGCGGCAGCGGGCACGCGCAUUAUGACAAUAAUAAGCACAAGGACAAGGGAGGUCACGGAGACGGCGGCGGCGGCGGCACGCAGCAAGCGGCCAAAGACGGUGCGGCGCCAGUAGGCCUGGCGGACAAGCUCAAGCAAAAGUUGUUUGGGGCGUUUAACAAAUGA